AUGAGGCAAGAAAGCACAAGAGCAAAAGAAAAGAGACAAGAGCACAAGAACGAAGCAACAGGAUCAAGAGAAGACACAAAACAGAGUAGAGGGAGAAACGAAAAAGAAAAAAAACCAAGCAGAAACAGAGGCCAACAACACAGUAAAAAGAAAAAAGGCAAAGAGGAGUUAAAAGACAGGAAGAAAGGAGAAGAAAACAAAAAAAGAACAAAGGAAGAAUCCGCAAAGCAAAGCAGAGGGAGAGAAGAAAAAACAGGAAAGAACACAAAAGCAAAAAAACCAGGAAGAAAAAAGCCAGAAGAGGCAAGAAGAAAACAAGCAGAGUCCAAGCAAGAGGCAAGCAACAACAGAAAGAUAAAAACAGAGAGCAGCAGCAGAAAUAGGAAAAAGACCAAAGAGCAACAGACAAAAAACACCAGGAAUGACAAAACAAAAACCAAGGAGGGAGACUAA